GUACAUAUUUAUAUGCGAUAAAAGUGCUGUUUUUAUUUAUCUUUAAUAUAUGUGUUACUUUUCGCUUAAAUUAUAUAACAAAUCCUUAAUUGUGUGGCAUUUAAUACUUCUAAAUAGAAAGCUUACUGUAUGAUAUUUUGAUCGUUUGAUCGAUAAAGGUGUUGAAUUUGUAUUUUCGUUGCAUACUGUGGUCUUUAUUAAUCGAAUAAUUUAGUACUUAUACGCAUAAAAGUAGUUUACUUUUAAUGUUAAAAGUCUGUUAAAUAUUGCUUUCAUAAUAAAGAAUAAUGGCCAAACUGUCUCUGACACUUUGUGUAAUAAUUGCUGCAAGCUUCAUCAUACCUAUAUGUGAUGGUUUUAGAGGUAGAGGCUUUGGCAGAGGCAGUAGUAAGUAUGAUGCAAAACCUUCACCGAAACAGGGUGCUCCAAUGGCAGCUGGUGCAGGUUAUGGAGCUGGACAGGGCCCAAAUCCCAGCCCUGCUAGAAGAGGUCUCGGUAUAUCUGCUUGGGGUUUGAUUACCCUCAUAGUAUCAAUAAUUUUAGCAAUGGCUGGCAUGUACUACUUCUCAAUUUGUUAUCCUGUUAUGUGCAAAAAGUCCCGAAAAUAUGACAUGAUCGGUUUACCUAAUGUGGCUUAGUUAUAAAUUACAAUGUACCGGAAUCACAAGCUUCUAAUAUAAAUAAUUAUGUCAUCGAUUUGAAUAGAAGUAAAUGUGAUACUUUUUGAGUUUUAGAA